GGUGACAGCGACUAAACUGCAUUGAAGCUGUUUGGAAAGAAAACCCAUUCAGAGCUCAUGCUCUGCUCGUUACCGUAAAAUAGGUAUUGGUAUUGAUUCAUGAACAUAAUGACGCAAAAACUUCAUAAUAUAAGACUCUGAGCUGAUGUAGAACGUGCAACUUGACCGACUUCUUCUAGACCGUCCUUGACUAUGGCCGCGGACCCGCUGCUGCCCCUUGCACCGGACUAUGUGCAUAUAGAUGCUUCCGGUCUGCCCGCGGAGCUGAAGGGACGCGUGCUCUUUUCAAGAUCCACUUUCAAGCAGUCAGGGGCGAAUGCAGCCAGUAAAUCCGGCGAUGCCGCGGCCGGCAGCCAAGCCGGCAGCAGCGGCAGCAAGAAAAUUACGGAGCAGCACCCUCCCUCCGGCACCAGCAAGGCCAACAGUAGCAGCAGCAGCAGCCGUGCUAAUGGCGGCGGCGGCGGCGGCGGUGGCGGCGGCGGUGGAGGGUUCAAUUUUGGCGCGGCUCUAAAAGGGGCGCUGGCUGGCGCGGGGUCCGCAGCGGGGAGCAGCCGCGGGGACGGGAAGUUCGAAGGGGGAAAGGACUUCAUGGUCAGCGACGCGCCCGGCGGCGGUCGGGCCAAGCUGGUGCACCUGACGCCGGACGCACUGGAGGGCGACAACGCGGAGCGGACACUGCGGCAGCUGGACGCGCUGCAGGCGCAGGCCGGGCCACGGCCAGCGCCCUCGGCACCCGCCGCCGCACGGCCGGCGGCGCGGCCGGUGGCCUCGCAGCACGCGGCGGCGCUGGCGGCGGCCGCCGGCUCCCUGUACAACAUAGACGAUGACGUCAGCAGUGAUGGCGGCGCCUCGGCUGUAGCAACAGCAGCAGCAGCGGCGGCUGUAGCAGGGCGGCAGCAGCAGCAGCAGCAGCCGGCGGCCGCAGCGGCUGCAGCAGCGGCUGUAGCAGCUGCGGGGGGUGCGCUGCCGGAGCCGGCGUACACGUUGCGGGAGAUCGAGGGGGCGUGCGGCAGCGGCAGUAGCAGCGGCAGUAGCAGGCAGCAGCUAGAGGUGAUGGUGCUACUGCCGGAGGCGGAGGGCCCGGGCGAGGUGGAGGUGCUGCUGUUGGCUGCGGGCGCCGGCAGUAGCGGCAGUAGCGGUGGCACUGGCUGUAGCCAUGGGGAGCUGCACGUGGGCGUGCCGGGCAGGUGCCUACUCAAGCUGCCGCUGCCGUAUCACGUGCUCGACGACACCUCGGCCGCCAAAUGGAGCAGGGCCCGGAGGCGACUGACGCUAACACUCGCACGGGCAGCGCAGUAGCGGUGGCAGGAGCAGUGGGGAUGGCAAGAGCAGCGGCAGGAGCAGUGGGAGUGGCAGGAGCAGGGGCAGCAGCUGUGGGGUUGGAGGUGGCAGUGGGCGGGAGUCCGCAGCAGUGGCAGCAGCUGCAGUGGGGGUGGCAGGAGCAGGGGCCGUCCUCCCCUGGUUACGACGUGGGAGCAGGCUUGGGUAGAUAGGUGCAAGCACAGCCACAGCGAAGUUAUCCUUAUGAUGUUUAAUCCCGCAAGAGUUAGGGAUAGCGAUUUUAAGGAUGAUUUCGGCGAUUGCUGCGCUUGCACCGCUUUGUUGCUCAACGAAGUCAGACAUCCCAAAGCUGAGAUGCUGAGAAGCAGAAGCUGAAUUGAAGCCCUGCUGCACGAGGGCAUGAAGUCCGUAUGCUGGCAACAUGUGGGGUUAGUGGGGGCUUGGCUGCCUCGGCAGUGUUUGGGUGAUGCGUAAGAGGCUGUGUGCGAUAAUGUGUACGAUAGCACACACGACACACCGCCAACAACAACUGAUGACACGGAGUGUUUGUUGAGUUGUAAAGGCUCCCUCUGAACGUGUGUGUGUGUGUGUGUGUGUGUGUGUUUGGGGGGGGGUUGCUCGGGGUUUCGUUGGCAGAGGGUGCAGGCGGCGCAAUCGGUGUGGGGCGGGAAUAAGGGAAUUGUUUACAGCUGCUGCAGCGAAGACAUGGGGAUUGGGAAGCGAUAUGUGACAUCGGGAAGAGUGAAGACACCCUGAUGAGGUAGGGUGUGCGGGCGAGGCUGACACACUGUACCAUACGGCACCGUAUGUGUGUGAGGGGCUGCACAAUUGGCAUCCCUGCUUUGCUGUCCAGCAGGGCCUCUUGGGGCACGUUUAUCGAGAAUGCUUUGAAGACGAACAUGUGAAGCCAAGGAAGCCAGGGAGCACAACGGUGGAGAGGCCUGGACGGUUAGUACGGUUAGUACAGCUGUUGCGUGGUGUCCUUGCCUGUUGGGCCAGUGGCACCAUUGCGGUAACCAACCCCCUUGUGACUUGUUGGACAG